AUGACAUCAUCCAGCAACAACUCCACUGCCCCAGUCUCUGAAUUCCUCCUCAUCUGCUUUCCCAACUUCCAGAGUUGGCAGCACUUGUCCCUGCCCCUCAGCCUUCUCUUCCUCCUGGCCAUGGGGGCCAACACCACCCUCCUGAUCACCAUCCAGCUGGAGGCCUCUCUGCACCAGCCCCUGUAUUACCUGCUCAGCCUUCUCUCCCUCCUCAUCGUGCUCUGCCUUACCGUCAUCCCCAAGGUCCUGGCCAUCUUCUGGUUUGAUCUUAGGUUGGUCAGCUUCCCUGCCUGCUUCCUUCAGAUGUCCAUGAUGAACAGUUUCCUCCCCAUGGUGCAGAAUGCUUUGUUGCUUUCACCUGUUCCCAUUCUCUCUGCCCAGCUCCAUUACUGUGGGAAAAAUGUCAUUGAGAACUGCAUCUGUUCCAUUCUGUCUGUGUCCAGGCUCUUCUGUGAUAAUUUCACCCUUAACAGAAUCUAGCAAUUUGUGACUGGUUGGACCUUGCUGGGCUUCGAUUUCAUUCUCAUCUUCCUCUCCUACACCUUCAUUCUAAGAGCUGUGCUUAGAUUCAAAGCAGAGGGGGUGGCAGUGAAGGCCCUGAGGACAUGUGGCUCCCAUUUUAUCCUCAUCCUCUUCUUCAGCAUGCUGGUUUUGGUGUUGACAAAUGUGGCCAGAAAGAAGGUCCCCAUGGACAUCCUAAUCCUGUUUAAUGUCCUUCAUCCCUUUAGUCCUCCUGCAUUAAACUCUAUUGUAUAUGGGUUUCAAACUAAAAAGUCAAAGCAGGAAUUUUAAAAGUUGCUGCAGAGGGGUCUUUGA